AACAAUAUGAGAUCAUUGCUGCAAACUUGUAACCUUGAGGGCAAAUUACGAAGUACAACAUUGAACAUUGAACUGACUUUGAUUACCUAAGGGCAAUCCCUGGUUAUUACAUGCACGCUGUAUCUCAACUUGACAAAGCUAUUUAAUACAACUUAUACCUCUAUUUCUUAACCAAGAACAUAAACAGCCAGAAUCACAUCACAUAAACCAGGUACUUCCUACCAAGAGACACUACUCUUCAAGAUACCUGAGGUCCUAAACAACCACGCAAAACACUUCGUAAAGAUGGCUUCGUCGCAAAAGCGCAUUAGCAAGGAACUGCAAGAAUGCAUGACCUCCCCACCAACCGGCAUGACCGUCUCGAUCCCCUCAGAAGCCGACCUGCACAACUGGACCGCGACUCUCCUCGGGCCCCCGCAAACCGUGUACGCGGGCGGGCGCUUCGAGCUCUCGAUCGUGCUGCCGCCGGACUACCCGUUCAAGGCGCCGCAGGUGACGUUCGCGACGCGCAUCUACCACCCCAACGUGACCAACGACAACGUGGGGUCCAUCUGCCUCGGCAUGCUCAAGUCGGAGAACUGGAAGCCCGCCAGCCGCGUCCGCGCCGUCCUCGACGCCGUCCGCCAGCUCCUCGUCGAGCCCAACCCCGACGACCCCCUCGAGGCCCGCAUCGCUGAUGAGUACAAGAACAACACCGCUGAGUUCGAGAAGAACGCUCGUAGUUACGUUGCCCGGUAUGCCUCGUCUAAGUAAGGCACCUAAAGCAGAGCAAAGCAAAGCCUUGGGAGGGGGAGCGGGGCAUGUUUGUCUCCUC